CUCCCUCUCCGCUACCACCCACGCCCGCGCACCCUCUCCGCCGCAGUCGCACCCUCCAUCGGCAUCGUGCUUUUCUUUUCCUCUCCCUAUCUUACUCUCUCCUUCAACCACGCCGGCACGCACCAUUGCCCACUGCAUUCUUCUGCUCGUCGGUCAAGGUCCACACUCACUCUUCUGCAACCCCUCUCUCUCAAUCGAUUGUUGCUGAGUACGUAUACAUCAUUUUGAUUUCAUUCGGAAGUUGGGUAAAGUUCGAAUGAUGCCAAAUUUAAUUUGAAAUCCUGCAUCGCUUAUGGAGGGAACUUCAGCAACAUUAUGGAGGGAACUUCAGCAACAUUAUGGAGGAUCCUCAGCAUUUUCAGGUUUGAUGUUGAUUGCCCAUGUUUCAUCACCACGCCUUUGAUGCAUUUCUCACUCUCUACUUUGAUUUUACUCUGUAAGUUCGAACGGUGAUUUUUAAUUCCUUCAAACACCAUGAGAAAUGUCAUAGAUGUCCGAGUUUUGGCAAACCGUUACGCCGCACAAUUGCAACUCUGUUGCCCACAAAAUUCCUCUUCAUUUUCACUUGCUCGGACUGUUCAUGCCCACAUGAUUGUUUCGGGAUUCAAGCUUCGUGGCCACCUUGUCAAUCGUCUGCUUGAUAUAUACUGGAAAUCGUCUAAUCUUGUGUAUGCCCGCCAACUGUUCGACGAAAUUCCCAAUCCAGAUGCUGUAGCCAGGACUACAUUGAUUACGGCAUACUCUAACUUGGGAAAUUUGAAUAUGGCUCGAGAAAUAUUCAAUCGAACUCCAUUGAAUAUGAGGGAUACUAUUUUCUAUAAUGCAAUGAUUACUGGGUUUUCGCAUAACGUUGAUGGUCAUUCUGCUAUUGGACUGUUUCAUGCUAUGAGACGAAGCAAUUUUCGGCCUGAUGACUUUACAUUUACAAGCGUGCUCAGUGCUUUAGCGCUUAUUGUUGAUAAUGAGCAGCAGUGUGGCCAAAUGCAUGGUGCGGUGGUGAAAUCUGGAACUGGGCUUGUUUCUUCAGUGUUGAAUGCUCUUCUAUCUGUUUAUGUUAAAUGUGCCUCUUCGCCGUUGGUGUCAUCUUCGUCACUGAUGGCAUCAGCUAGGAAACUGUUUGAUGAAAUGCCACAAAGGGAUGAGCUAACAUGGACAACAUUGAUUACUGGGUAUGUGCGGAAUGAUGAUUUGAAUGGCGCUCGUGAACUUCUUGACACGAUGACUGAAAAGCUCGGGGUAGCUUGGAAUGCAAUGAUCUCUGGAUAUGUGCAUCAUGGUCUUUUUGAGGAUGCCUUGACACUGUUUAGGAAAAUGCGUUUUCUUGGUGUCGAGCUCGAUGAGUUCACCUAUACGAGUGUAAUCAGUGCUUGUGCCAACGGUGGUUUUUUUCAACUAGGAAAAGAGUUGCAUGCUUACAUUCUUAAAAAUGAGCUGAACCCAAAUCAUGAUUUUUUAUUGUCUGUGAGUAAUUCAUUGAUUACUUUGUACUGGAAAUAUGGUAAAGUUGAUGGGGCUCGGAACAUUUUUUAUGAGAUGCCUGUUAAAGAUAUUGUUUCUUGGAAUGCAAUCUUAUCAGGGUAUGUCAAUGCAGGGCGUAUGGAAGAAGCGAAGUCUUUCUUUGCUCAAAUGCCAGAGAAAAACCUUCUUACAUGGACUGUGAUGAUUUCAGGAUUAGCUCAAAAUGGAUUUGGAGAAGAGGGUUUGAAUCUGUUUAAUCGAAUGAGGUUAGAUGGUUAUGAACCCUGUGAUUAUGCCUUUGCAGGAGCAAUUACAGCUUGUUCUGUGCUUGGAUCAUUGGAGAAUGGCCGCCAGCUCCAUGCUCAGCUUGUCCAUCUUGGCCAUGAUUCAAGCCUCUCAAUUGGCAAUGCAAUGAUCUCAAUGUAUGCAAGAUGUGGAGUCGUUGAAGCUGCCAGAUCUGUGUUCCUCACCAUGCCAUUCGUCGACUCGGUUUCGUGGAAUGCAAUGAUUGCAGCACUUGGACAACAUGGCCAUGGCGUAAAAGCAACAGAACUAUAUGAACAAAUGUUGAAAGAGGGUAUACUUCCUGAUAGAAUAACAUUUCUCACAGUUCUCUCUGCGUGUAGUCAUUCAGGUUUGGUCAAAGAAGGACGCCGCUAUUUUAACUCAAUGUUCGAAAAUUAUGGUAUCACUCCUGGUGAGGAUCAUUAUGCUCGGAUGAUUGAUUUGUUUUGUCGAGCGGGGAAGUUCUCUGAUGCAAAGAAUGUCAUCGACUCCAUGCCUUGCAAACCCGGGGCACCAAUAUGGGAGGCUCUUCUUGCUGGUUGUCGAAUUCAUGGGAACAUGGAUUUAGGAGUAGAAGCUGCUGAAAAGCUUUUCGAGCUAAUGCCACAACACGACGGGACGUAUGUACUUUUGUCGAACAUGUACGCCAAUGUUGGCCGGUGGAAUGAUGUCGCUCGUGUGCGAAAACUAAUGAGGGACCGAGGGGUUAAAAAGGAGCCUGCUUGUAGUUGGACUGAGGUUGAGAACAAGGUUCAUGUGUUCUUGGUGGAUGAUACAGUGCACCCUGAGGUGCUGUCUGUGUACAAUUAUCUAGAGGAAUUGAGCCUUGAAAUGAAGAAAGCAGGAUAUGUUCCAGACACGAAGUAUGUGUUACAUGAUAUGGAAUCUGAGCACAAAGAGUAUGCGUUGGCUACUCAUAGCGAGAGGCUUGCGGUUGGGUUUGGGCUAAUGAAGCUCCCUCCAGGCGCCACGGUCAGGGUGUUCAAGAACCUUAGGAUCUGUGGGGAUUGCCAUAAUGCAUUCAAGUUCAUGUCUCAAGUGGUGCGGAGGGAGAUAGUCGUGAGAGAUGGGAAGAGGUUUCACCAUUUCAAGAACGGCGAAUGCUCGUGCGGUAAUUACUGGUAAUUUUGAUUUCAACAUUCUGUUCUUGGUAGUAGAGUUGGCUUAGGCGUUGUCAGAACGAACAACGAAACUUUACGGCAGUUGCACUCAAGUAAUGUCUCUUGAUUUCAUCUGUUUCAGUCUGUGAUUUAGAAAUGGUUUCUGCACAAAAUAGGAAACAGUCCCUCCAACGUAUAAAUGGGCGAGAGUUCUCGUUUUCAUCAUCUUUGGUGAAAUUUCAUAGACAUUCAUAAAGUGCUCUACAUAAUUCUGAGUGGAUAAUCCCAAGGAGGUACGCUUGGCCCUUUGCUACACUGUCUUUUUAUAUCCUUAUGGUCGGGUAUGCACCAGCAUAAAUAUCCUUAUGGUCGGGUAUGCCACCAGCAUAAAUGAGGCAUACAAGAUAGACGAGUGCGAUCUCAUAGGUGCAGCAAGAGUGGAUCGACUACUUCAUUCUCCAAGUUUUUGUGAAAAGCACUGAUGUGCGACAUUAUGUGGGAUCUUUGGAGUCCGAGGAACAUUAGAACACGGUCUUUGGGCUGAGAGAUCUCAGAGUGGCUAAUCAAACAUGAGCCCCUCCUCGGGAGGAUUCUUUCUUUUGCUCCUCAGUGUACAGGGAAUUAGCCAGCCGUUUCCAGCCGUUGUUCCCCUCCCAAGAGUAGGUUCUUACGCGUUACUCAUCACAUCUCAGGGUCUUAUUUCUCUUAAUCAGAGGUGAUUUUUAUAAUUUACCUUCCGUUUUCGUAGUUUCAUUUUUUGUAUACCUUUGUAUUCCUC